AAUUAAUUAUAUGGCUUCCUCGAAACCGCGGCGCCGGUGGUGGAGUCCUUGACUUCCGGCGGCGGAGUCUUGUUUCCGCUGCUAAUUGGAGACAGGAGUGCUCCAUUCUCGGCGCCUUCUUCCUCUCCUCCGGUGUAGAUUUUCUCUGCCCUUCUUCCGAUUUCAAGGUUCGCUCCUCCUUUCUCCGAUGGGGAUGGUUUUGAAUCAUCGAUUUCAAGGUUCUAAAUUGAUGCACUCCGACUGUUCGACGAAAUGCCCACAAGAGCACUGCUUAGGGACCUUGGUAAUUUCUUCUUGCCCUUUGUCUCUUUCGACUGUUAAUGUGAGUGAGGUGGGGAGUCGUUUGUUGGAGCUCUGUUGUAAGAAGUUAAGGAGUUCCAUUGAUUGAUAUUCCUUUCCAUUGUGCAAUUGGAGAAAUUUCUGUGGGGUUUCCACUAUCUCUUAUCUCUUCGACUGACAAUGGACCUCUUUUUUUGACAGGGUAUGGUGUGAAGGAUGAUGUUAUCUUCAAUCAUCAAGUGCUUUGAGCUUCCAUUAUAAUCAACUUCAGGUUCACUAGCAACCAAAGGUGCUAUAUCUUUUUUCUGAUGUUGUCUCCAGAAUAUAGCUAAAUGAUGGUAAGAUCAUUUUGAUUUUAACAUUUAUGUAGGGUUCAUAAUGUCUAAUUCCACUCUUUACAGGUGUUGAUACUUUGUGUUUCUCAUGUUCUUCAUUAGUUCAAGUGUUCUGGGAUGCUAACCGAUCGACCUUUGUUGUUGUAGCUUCUCGAUAUAUUAGGUUUGGGGCUCUCCCGUUUCAGCUCGGCACUGGUGACAUUGAGCAUGAAGAGGUAUAAGUGCGUUACUUGCUAGUUGCUAUGUUGUUGGAUGUGGGAAUGGAAUGGGCCAAUUUUUAUGCAAAUGCGAAAUGUUUAGAUUCAUUCAUAAAACAGCAUGUUGUGCAUUUUGGGACAAUUGAAAGAGAUGGCACUGGUUCGGCUGAAUCCGUAAUCUGUAUUCUUCAAUAUCCAAAGAAAAUGGUCUUUCUUCAUCUUUCGUCGGUGGAGAAAGGCCAUUUUCUUGUGGAGAAAGACCAUUUUCUUUGGAUAUUGAAGGCUACAUAUCACGGAUUCGGCCUGAGGCUAUUCUCCAACGAUGAUUGAGUCCAUUAAGCACCGAUUUGGGCGGAUUUAUUCCGGGUCAAUUUUUGGCAGAUUACAAAAGGGUAUCAUCACAGAUUUUAGGCGAUUUAUCCGAAAUGGCAUUUUCUUUCGAUUUUGGAGGCUACAGAUCACGGAAUCAGGUCGAGGCUAUUCUCCACCGAUAAUGAAGUCUAUUGAUCCUAUUCUCCACGGAUGAUAUGUCCGUUAAACAUCGAUUUGGACCAAUUUAUCUUUGGAUGGCAUUUUCGUAAUUUCUUGGGCGACGAAAGGCCAUUUUCUUUGGAUAUUGAAGGCAACAGAUCACAGAUUCGGUCUGAGUCUAUUCUCUAAUGAUGAUUGAGUUCAUUAAGCACCGAUUUGGGCGGAUUUAUUCCGGGUCAAUUUUUGGCAAAUUCUUAAGGGGUACAAUUACAGAUUUCGGGCGAUUUAUCCGUAAUUCCAUUUUCUUUCGAUUCUGGAGGCUACAGAUCACGGAAUCAUGCCGCGGCUAUUCUCCACCGAUAAUGAAGUCUAUUGAUCCUAUUCUCCAUAGAUGAUAAAUCCGUUAAGCAUCGAUUUAGACAAUUUAUUUUCGGAUGACAUUUUCGUAAUUUCUUGGGCGACGAAAGACCAUUUUCUUUGGAUAUUAAAGGCUACAGAUCACGGAUUCGCCCUGAGGCUAUUCUCCAACGAUGAUUGAGUCCAUUCAACACCGAUUUGGGCGGAUUUAUUCCGGGUCAAUUUUUGGCUGAUUCCAAAGGGGUACCAUCACAGAUUUCGGGCAAUUUAUCCGAAAAGCCAUUUUCUUUCGAUUCUGGAGCCUACAGAUCACAGGCUCAGGCAGAGGUAAUUCUCCACUGAUAAUGAAGUCUAUUGAUCGUAUUCUCCACAGAUGAUAAAUCCGUUAAGCAUCGAUUUGGGCCAAUUUAUUUUCGGAUGACAUUUUCGUAAUUUCUUGGGCGACGAAAGGCCAUUUUCUUUGGAUAUUGAAGGUCACAGAUCACGGAUUCGGCUUGUGGCUAUUCUCCAACGAUGAUUGAGUCUAUUAAGCACUUAUUGGGGAGGAUUUAUUCUGGGUCAAUUUUUGGCAGGUUCCAAAGGGGUACCAUCACAUGUUUCGGGCUAUUUAUCUGAAAUGCUAUUUUUUUUCGAUUCUGGAGGCUACAGAUCACGGAAUCAGGCCGAGGAUAUUCUCCAUCGAUAAUGAAGUCUCUUGAUCCUAUUCUCCACGGAUGAUAAGUCCGUUAAGCAUCGAUUUGGGCCAAUUUAUUUUUCGGAUGGCAUUUUCGUAAUUUCUUGGGCGACGAAAGGCCAUUUUCUUUGGAUAUUGAAGCCUACAGAUUACGGAUUCGGUCUGAGGCUAUUCUCCAACGAUGAUUGAAUCCAUUAAGUACCGAUUUGGGAGGAUUUAUUCCGGGUCAAUUUUUGGCACAUUCCAAAGGGGUACCAUCAUAGAUUUCGGGCGAUUGAUCUGAAAUGCCAUUUUCUUUCGAUUCAGGAGGCUACAGAUCACGGAAUCAGGCAGAGGCUAUUCUCCACCGAUAAUAUAGUCUAAUUAUCCUAUUCUCCACGGAUGAUAAGUCCGUUAAGCAUCGAUUUGGGCCAAUUUAUUUUUCGGAUGGCAUUUUCGUAAUUUCUUGGGCGACGAAAGACCAUUUUCUUUGGAUAUUGAAGGCUACAGAUCACGGAUUCGACCUGAGGUUAUUCUCCAACGAUGAUUGAGUCCAUUAAGCAUCGAUUUGGGAUGAUUUAUUCCGGGUCAAUUUUUUGCAGAUUCCAAAGGGGUACCAUCACAGAUUUCGGGCGAAUUAUCUGAAAUGACAUUUUCUUUCGAUUCUGGAGGCUACAGAUCACGAAAUCAGGCCGAGGCUAUUCUCCACCGAUAAUGAAGUCUAUUGAUCCUAUUCUCCACGGAUGAUUAGUCCGUUAAGCAUCGAUUUGGGCAAAUUCAUUUUCGAAUGGCAUUUUCGUAAUUUCUUGGGGUACGAAAGGCCAUUUUCUUUAGAUAUUGAAGGCUACAGAUCACGGAUUCGGCCUGAGGCUAUUCUCCAACGAUGAUUGAGUCCAUUAAGCACCGAUUUGGUCGGAUUUAUUCCGGGUCAAUUUUUGGCAGAUUGCAAAGGGGUACAAUCACAGAUUUCGGGCGAUUUAUCCAAAAUGCCGUUUUCUUUCAAUUCUGGAGGCUACAGAUCACAAAAUCAGGCUGAGGCUAUUCUCCACCGAUAAUGAAGUCUAUUGAUCCUAUUCUCCACAGAUGAUAAGUCCGUUAAGCAUCGAUUUGGUCCAAUCUAUUUUCGGAUGACAUUUUCGUGAUUUCAUGGACGACGAAAUGCCAAUUUGUUUGGAUAUUGAAGGCUACAGAUCAUGGAUUCGACAUGAGGCUAUUCUCCAACGAUGAUUGAGCCCAUUAAGCACCGAUUUGGGCGGAUUUAUUCCGGGUCAAUUUUUGGCUGAUUCCAAAGGGGUACCAUCACAGAUUUUGGGCGAUUUAACUGAAAUGCCAUUUUCUUUCGAUCUGGAGGCUACAGAACACGAAAUCAGGACAAGGCUAUUCUCCACCGAUAAUGAAGUCUAUUGAUCCUAUUCUCCAUGGAUGGUAAGUCCGUUAAGCAUCGAUUUGGACAAAUUUAUUUUCGGAUGGCAUUUUCAUAAUUUCUCUGGCGACGAAAGGCCAUUUUCUUUGGAUAUUGAAGGCUACACAGAUCACGGAUGCGGCAUGAGGCUAUUCUCCAACGAUGAUUGAGCCCAUUAAGCACCGAUUUGGGCGGAUUUAUUCCUGGUCAAUUUUUGGCAGAUUCCAAAGGGGUACCAUCACAGAUUUUGGGCGAUUUAUCCGAAAAGCCAUUUUCUUUCUAUUCUGGAGGCUACAGAUCACGGAAUCAGACCGAGGCUAUUCUCCACCGAUAAUGUAGUCUAAUGAUCCUAUUCUCCACGGAUUCUAAGUCCGUUAAGCAUCGAUUUGGGCCAAUUUAUUUUCGGAUGGCAUUUUCGUAUUUUUUUGGGCGACGAAAGGCCAUUUUCUUUGGAUAUUAAAGGCUACAGAUCACGGAUUCGGCCUGAGGCUAUUCUACGACAAUGAUUGAGUCAAUUAAGCACCGAUUUGGGAUGAUUUAUUCCGGGUCAAUUUUUGGCAGAUUCCAAAGGGGUACCAUCACAGAUUUCGGGCGAAUUAUCUGAAAUGACAUUUUCUUUCGAUUCUGGAGGCUACAGAUCACGGAAUCAGGCUGAGGCUAUACUCCACCGAUAAUGAAGUCUAUUGAUCCUA